CACACACACACACAUACACACGGUCUCGAUGACACGUGAACACACACACACUUUGGGUCCUCAGAAUGACACAGCUCUGAUCGGAGGGAGGUGAUCUCUGAAAUUGCUCAGUGAGCACCCCUAAUUUCCCUGAUUUACGUAUCGCUGUCAAUCACACCCAAUGGAAUCCAAUCAGAAAGCAAGCGGGGACGGACUGGCGGGGACGCAGAAGGAGGUGGCACUGCGGGCUCUGAUGCAACGGACGGGAUACAAACUGCAGCAGGAGAAUGGCCAGCGGCGGUACGGUGGCCCGCCGCCUGGAUGGGAUGGCCCGCCCCCAGAGAGAGGCAGCGAGAUCUUUGUGGGGAAACUACCAAGAGAUCUGUUUGAAGACGAACUGGUUCCACUGUGUGAGAAGUUUGGUAAGAUCUACGAGGUGAGGAUGAUGAUGGACUUUAACGGGAACAACAGAGGCUACGCCUUUGUCACCUUCGGCAACAAGCAGGAGGCCAAAACAGCUAUGAAGCAGCUCAACAACUACGAGAUCAGAAAUGGCCGCCUUCUUGGAGUCUGUGCCAGCGUCGACAACUGCCGUCUGUUUGUGGGCGGGAUCCCAAAAACCAAGAAGCGUGAAGAGAUCCUGUCUGAGAUGAGGAAGGUCACCGACGGUGUCGUGGACGUGAUCGUGUACCCCAGCGCCGCAGACAAAUCUAAGAACCGAGGCUUUGCCUUCGUCGAGUAUGAGAGCCACCGAUCAGCCGCCAUGGCCCGCCGCAAACUGCUGCCAGGUCGUAUUCAGCUGUGGGGUCAUGCCAUCGCCGUGGACUGGGCGGAGCCUGAAGUGGAGGUAGAUGAGGAUACCAUGGCAACAGUGAAGAUCCUGUACGUCAGGAACCUGAUGCUGCAGACCACUGAGGAGACCAUCGAGAAGGAGUUCAACAGCCUCAGACCAGGUGCAGUGGAGCGAGUGAAAAAGAUCAGAGACUACGCCUUCGUCCAUUUCACUCAGAGAGAGGACGCCGUUAACGCCAUGAACGCCCUCAACGGGAAGGUGGUGGACGGCUCUCCUAUCGAAGUGACUCUGGCCAAGCCGGUGGACAAGGACAGUUACGUCCGUUACACCAGAGGGACAGGAGGACGUGGAGGGUCUCUGCUGCAGACCGAUUAUGCCGCCUACACCCUGGGACAGGUGUACGACCCUUCAGCAGCGUACCUCGGCCCGCCCGUGUUUUACGCCCCGCAGGCCUACGCCGCCAUACAGGGUCAGUUCCGCUUCCCGGCGGCCAAAGCUCACGUUGGAGGGCGGGGCCUGAUCAGGACACCAUCUGUCAGAGAAAUUUACAUGACUGUACCUGUAGGGGCUGCCGGGGUGCGGGGGCUGGGCGGGCGGGGGUACCUGGCCUACGCCACCGGGGUCGGAGCUGUAGGCGGAGCCGCCGGCGGAGGUGGCGGCGCCUCCUACGGCCUGAAGGCGGACAAACAGGCAGAGGAGAAGCUGUACGACCUGCUGCCGGGGAUGGAGCUGACCCCCAUGAACCCGGCUGCCAUGAGCCUGAAGGCCGCCGCCAUCAAACCUGCACCACAGGUUCUGGAGGAGUUGUGUCAGAAGAAUAACUGGGGUCAGCCUGUCUAUCAGCUCCACUCUGCCAUCGGUCCGGACCAGAGACAACUGUUUCUCUACAAGAUCACCAUACCAGCUCUGGCUACACAGUACCCCAACGUCCAUCCCUUUACGCCUGCGAAGCUGUGUGCAGCUGUAGAAGAAGCUAAAGUCCACGCAGCAGAGCACACCCUGCAGACGCUCGGUGUGCAGGCUGAGGGCGCUGCAGACGCUGCCUGCGCAACUGCCGCUGCUGUGGCCUCGGUAGCCUUCCCAGGUUACACUCUGGCGAGCCCGGCGUCGUCUGCGGUCGCCUCCCAGCUGAAGCAGGCUGUGUCUCUGGGUCAGGACCUGACCGCAUACACCACCUAUGAGGGAUAUCCCGCUUUCGCCAUGGCGGCCCGCCACUCUGACGGAUACGGCGUUUUCUAGAAGAGCGGUUUCCAACGGAGGAAAAACACUUGCAACUAAAGAUGCGUUCACACAAAACUGCUUUUUACAAACUGUCACUUUAAAUCUGUUUAAAAUUUUUCAUCUCAGAGCGGGAAUAAAGUGAGUAGACUCAUUUCUUUAAAAAAAAAUCUGUUUCAUCAGGACACAAAACACGACUGAGACAGUUAUUCUUAAAAAAAAAUAAAAGCAGAACAGUGUGAACGUUUCUUAAUGCUGCAGUUUUUACAGGGAAUCAAACAGACGUUUUGAAACUUGCUGCUAGAAAACGUUUCGGACUCGUCAGUCGUCCUGAAACAACUUAUUCACCCGUCACAUAUUCUUUCUUUACCCAUAUUAUCCGUCUCUGAAUUAUGCAUUCGUAUAUAUCUUUGAUUAAUUUGUGAUUGAUUAAGUAGGCAGCCUGUGAUUGGCUGUAGGUUUGAAUUAACAUUUUGAUCCGUUUUUUAUUUUUAGUUUGUUUGCAUGUUUCUAGUAGUUUGUUUACAAUAUUCAAAAACUGAAUCAACUAAAUAGACUUUGCUAUUUUAUGCUUCGUGGUAACCAUGUGUUAUUUUCUCUACGUGGGAUUUGUAGUUCUUUUGAACAUCUUUCAACUGAAAAAUGUAGUUAUAUUCUUUUGUGUCUACUUUUGGCUUUUCAUCAGUUUUCUUGUAAAAUCUUUGAAGGUACGACUGAAUUCUGGACAGAGCAGGAUUUUAAAACGUGUUUUAGUCACCGAGGCAUUCAGGACUUUGUAGUUCUACAGACUGUGAAUAUGUAGUUUUUAGUUUCAUCUAAACUUUGUGUCAUGAGCUUUUUCUCACUCAUCAUUAACACGUCAGACCGAUGAUUUUCAGUUUUUCUGCCGUCAUGUUUGCGACAAAACCUCAGCUGUCUGAAAGCUUUAUUAGGACCUUUAACACAGCUGCGUUCCUGAAAGUCAUCUGAUCAGUGGAUGAUGUCGCCAAACAAGAACAUCAAACCGUUGCAUUACAGUUGUUUUUUGUCCAAUGUCGAUAUUUAAAAAAAGAUUUUAUCUUUUGGCAAGCGAUCAUAGUAAACCAAGAGUUAAAGAUGUUACCUGAAGUAACAUAAUUUAACUUCCAUGAGUCACAAUUUUAAUUAACUAACGCAACUAUUUCACUUCCGUCCUUGUAAUAACGUAGCGUUCAGCAUUUAUUUUAUUUUUUAUCCUAUCUUUUAUAACGCCUAACCAGGAAGUUUUUUUGCCCUUACCUUAGAGAAGUUGUUUUGUAGCAUAAACCGAACUAAACCAACCUUUUAACUAAACGUAACCAUUUAGUUUGCAGCAAGCGGCCAUUAAAUGAGCUGAUAACAACCUACUGCACCUACCAGCAGCCAGAGUCCCUUCCCGCCCAUACUGAUGGGAUCAUAAAAGCCCAUUCAAUUGUGUGAUAACGGUCAAAAUAGAUAACAAGUAACUACGUUCUGUCAUGAAAGCAAACUCAAAAAAGUAAGCAGGAAACUGCGUACUACCCUGCAGAGACAGUCCAAAUAUAUGUCACAACAUUCCCCGUAGUCCUGCUUGAUGAUGUUGUCGUCAUUCACGUUUUGUGCCGGUUUCUUCCAGAUGCAACAAAAACUUUGGCAUGUGAAUGCAACACUUCCAAUAAAGUCUCUGUUGUUGCAGGUGACCCCUCCCCUCAGUCUGUGUCUUGUGCUCUGAUUGGCUGUAGCGCCCAGCAGGUUAGGCGUAGUUCUUGAGCACCAAGUCAACGCCAAUUUGCAUCUGAUCAGGAGCUUUUGUCAGGGACCUACUUCGCUAAACAGCUGAAUAAAGCUCGUAAAAUGUGUCUCUAUGGUGAUUACGCCCAAUUCUGAAUCCCACUUCAUGGUAAGAUCCAUCCUGCAUCGCAUUCAAGCAAUAGGACUCGCGAGGCGUCCGUGCUCAGGUACCAGAACCUGAUUUGUUUAGGACCAAUAGAUUAUCCUGAUCUUCACCAGUUAAGGUCACUGCCUGACCUCGAUCUAUCUGGUUGCUUUGCUGGGCGAGUCUUGCCAAGAAAAGCAGUGGGAUUCAUAAUAACGCAGUUUAUCUGAGCCAGUAAAAAUCCACAUUUUUUAACCUGUGAACCGUCUGUUUACAAACAAAAGUAAAAAGUUUAGUCAUUCAGUAAAGGAUCUAGUGAUUUUUCUUUCAACAAAAAAGGAUCCGUUCUAGCAGCGCCUCCUAGCGUGUCGUAGUUUGAACUUUUUUUCCUGAUAAUAACAAAUGCAGAGUGAAAAGCAGCAGACGACCAGAUAUUUGUUUCUUCUUUUUGUUUCUUUUAAGUGUUUCUGGAAAGUUUUACGAAGCGCUGCCACCCGAGCUGUGAACGAAGCAGAGACAGUAUUAAAGUGUGUGAAGCACUUAGAACUUAUUUUUAUACCAGGAAAAAAAGAAUAAAUAUCCAGAUGCUAUUUGUAUAGAGUUAUUGUGCAUCCUCUAAUUGACCUGGAAACAAUAAACAUAUGAAACUGAAUCGACACGAAUCUGUGAUGAGCAGAGAGAAUUGUGGGAAUAUGAGGGGAAACUGAUGUGUGAUGAACCGUAAUCUUCACAAAAUAAAGAAGCUAACACAAAUCUGAAGAAGCUUCAAUGAGUCAACAUUAUUUCACUACUUUUCAUUGAAUUACGUAUUUUUACACUUGCUGUCUUUAUCCCGCUAGCGUUCCAACGACCAACUUUUAGAUGACUUUUCUCCUUCAGGGGCUGAACUGGGCUCGGAUUUAAAGCUACAGAACAUGUUGGUAUCUUGGUGGGAAGGGAGUAAACAAUCCUCCAGAGUCUGACCUCAAGACCCAGGAACCCCCAUCUGCAUAUUCGACCUCCUGGAUUUUGUAGAAUACUAACAACCACUUUCUAAACAUA